ACACUUGAAGCUCAAAUCAGUUUUCAAUCACGUUUCCUUUCCUCAUCUCUGUUGAGUUGGGAAAAAAAACCCCGGCUCUUUGUUUUUUAAGAUUAUCUGGUAAAAACACAACGCGACAGCAAAAACGCUUUCCAUGAUGACUUGUCGGUGGCGCGUGGGUAAGGGGGGGUUAUAACAAGUAAGUGAAGGUCGUUGUCCAUUUAUUUUUGAUAGACUUCGACAUGUACGAGCCGGACACGACUGCGAUCCUUCCCGGCGACGAGGAAGUGAAAGCCUACGGCUCAAACUUCUCGCUCGGACAUGAGGAGGACACCGAGCCACCGCCGCCAACGUCUCGGCCCACGGGACCGCCGUUUGCGUGCCCGCUUGCGGUGUCCGUGGAGCCCGUCAUGUUCCUGUCCGUGUUUGCGGUGGUUCUCCAAGCACCGCUAAUCACGCAGUAUCUGUGGGACCGAAUUAGUGAGGACCUCGGCUACAAUGCUUCCAAGAGUUCGGAGUGCGGCAACAGCUCCGCGGGGCCAAAUGCUCUUCAUAAGGAGGUGGAAACCCUGACAGCACACUGGAACCUCUACAUCACCCUUGCGGGAUUUUCUGUCGGCUUGCUGGUGGUGCCCCUCCUGGGCUCGUGGAGCGACUCUGCAGGCCGCAGGCCAGUCCUCAUCAUCCCCAACCUAGGCCUGGCCAUGCAGAUUGUGGUCUACCUGGUGGUGAUGUACCUCAAGCUGCCCCUGGCCUACUUCCUUGUGGGCCGGCUGCUCAGUGGACUUUCGGGAGAUUUCAAUGCUAUACUGGCUGCCUGCUUUGCAUAUGUGGCCGACACGACUGACAGAAAAGCCCGCACUUUCAGAGUGGCCGUCUUAGAGGCUUGUAUCGGCCUCUCAGGGAUGUUUGCCAGCAUUAUUGGAGGUCACUGGAGGCGGAUGCAAGGCUACAUCAACCCCUUCUGGUUGGUCCUGGCGACAAGCCUGGCGUCGGCUCUGUAUGCUUUUCUGUUCGUCCCCGAGUCUGUCGAGAAAGACCCCAACGCCAAGCUUAUCACCAUUCGCCACCACAAAGCCGUGUGGCACAUUUUCUCCAACGGUCCUAGCGAGGGUGGCGGAAGGUUCCCGAGAUGCAAGCUGUGGCUCUACAUGCUCUGCUUCUUCCUGGUGGUGAGCGUCCACAUCGGGAGCCGUGAGCUGUACGUUCUGUACGAGCUGAGCCCGCCGCUGUGCUGGGGAUCGACGUUCAUCGGCUACGGCUCGGCAGCUUUGCACUUGUGCUACCUGUCCAGCCUGCUGGGAUUGAAAGUCAUGCUGCGCUGGUUGGAGGACUCAUGGGUGGCCGUCAUUAGUCUGGUCUCCAACAUCGCUGGGCUGCUGGUUUUCUCUGUGGCGGACAGCACUCUGCUCAUGUUCACAGGUUAUGGUUUGUUGUUCUUCUUUGUGGCUGUUACACCUGUGCUCAGGUCCAAGCUGUCCAUGCUGGUGAGCCAGUCCGAACAAGGUGCCCUCUUUUCCUCUGUGGCCUGCGUGGAGAGCUUGUGUUACCUCGUGGGCAGUGGCGUUUUCAACUCCGUCUAUCCCGCCACAUUGCACUUCAUGAAGGGCUUCACCUUCCUCUUUGCUGCUAUCGUCCUCCUCAUCCCUGCCGGAAUAAUUGGGAGCUUGCGUUGUUUAGAGAUGAACGAACGCGGCGUCUCCACAACUUCGUGACCCGUAGUUGGACCAUGAAUUAAAGAUGGGAUGUUAACCCUGUGGGUGUUUUUUGGGUGAGCAUCUGAAAUAGAGACACUGGAUCACUGUGUGGCAAAGGGAGGUACACAAAGCAUUCGUCCUACCAACACAUUUUACUUGAAAGAGCCAGUGACAGCAGAUUAGUGAUUAAGUUCACUAAAAUGUAUCCUGCCAAUGCAAAAAGCCAAUGAAGGGAAAACUUGAUAAGCUUUCUAUGCUUUUAUUUUGGGGCAUUAUGAAUCAUCAAAGUGCCCGCAAGUGUUUCUUAAUUCAAUGUCAAUUUCAUAUUUUGAAAUGGAUGUCCAUUGCAAACAAAUAUUUAAAAUUGAUUUCAAUCCAUCCAUUCAUGAACAAAAAAAAAAACAUUGUCCAAAACGAACUAGUGCAAUAGCUAAAACAAAUGUUGAUUUAAAUUCCGUCCAAUUUUUAAAUCUAUAUCAUUGUCCAAAGCAAACAAAAACCUACACUGCCCUCUGUCAUAAUUGUAACUCUUAAUUAAGAUGUGUUUUUUCUUAAAACUUUACGUUUUUUCUCAUGAAAAUUAUAGGACCUGGAAAAAAAGGCAAUUUUUGGCAUGUGAGGUUUUUGGUUCAAUGCCAGCAAUGUGUCAGAUUUGUCCGUUGUUUUGAAUGUGAUCAUGUAUAUUGUGGUAUGUCCCAAAUGCCUCAAAAAGGCUUUGUUUUGAUACAGCAGCAUCUUCAACUAAUGUCUAAUUUCAUUUUGUUGCAAUGUACUUGACUACAUCCUUGUCAUUUCCUGCCACAUACACAUGUAGGCCAAAUUGUGGUUUCUCUUCCAUUCCAGAAAGAAUAAUCCGUAAUGGUCAGUUAAAUAAUUGAACUGACGAAUUGUAUACAGUACCUAAUUUGCUAAAAGUGACAACCUGGAAAUCAGGCUUUGCUUUGGGCUUGUGCUUCAGCGACAUUCGUUCAAAAAUAAAGUAAUGCACUUUUAUCUUUUUUUUCAGUGCUCAUGUAUUACUUUUCUCAGAUUCAAUGAUUGAAACACAGUGAGCUCUUGUGUUUUGUUUUUCUUUCUUCAACAGAAGGUGACAAACAAUUUAGCCUGAGUGUGUAUGUGACAUAAACUAUUGACAGCAGAAAAAAAGGGAACGGUGUAAAGCAGUUGGGGAUUACCGAGUUAAGAACUUCAAGCAGAGCAGCUUCUCUUACAACUGGAUAGUCCCCGAGGACAUGAAUGGAGCUUGGGGGCUUCUGAGAUUCACUGUAAACUUGACAAAUCAGCUUUAAAAUGCACAAAGGGAAGAUCAAAGGUUAAGCAGAAUAUCGGCUUGUUUGGAUGGGGUCCUGUUCAUCACCUCGAUGGACAGAAUUUCUAGGCGCAGUUGAGGUGGUUUGGUGGUCUCCGUAUAAUGGUAUGGUUUGCUUCUUCAAGCCGUUAUCUUCAACUCUCACCGGAGCGGGUCGCAGCCGAGUGUGAAGCGGGUUGGGAUGGAAAUCAGGGCCUCCAAAUCUGAGGUCAUGGUCCUCAGUUGAAAAAGGGUGGAGUGUCAGGGAUGAGAUCCUACCCCUCAAGUUUACAAUUUGAAUUUUUCUAUUAGAAAUGUCUAUCUUAUUGUAAAGAAUCCAAAACACUGUCGUCAUUUUUGAUUUGCAACACUGUCCUGGCUGUGCAUUCAAAAGCAUGCAUUGUCCAUAUUGUGUUUUUCUUAAGACUGAGUUUUGCAGAAUCACAAUAAAAGCAUGCGGCCUGCAUUGACAGUACAUUAUAAAUGUA